GUUCAUGUUAGCAUAGGAGGUUGAGUAGUUCUUCAUCAUAGUCUUAAACAUUAAACCUUAGCAAAACUCAACAAUGCUAGACAUCAAAGGCUACCUCGUACUCUUCUUCCUAUGGUUCAUAUCAACCAUUCUGAUACGUUCCAUCUUCAAGAAACCACAGCGUCUAAGACUCCCACCGGGUCCUCCAAUUUCAAUACCCUUGCUGGGACACGCGCCAUAUCUCCGUUCACUGCUCCACCAAGCCUUGUACAAGCUAUCACUGCGCUAUGGACCCUUGAUCCACGUCAUGAUCGGUUCGAAGCACGUGGUGGUGGCGUCGUCGGCGGAGACGGCCAAGCAGAUCCUCAAAACCUCGGAGGAGGCAUUCUGCAACCGUCCCUUAAUGAUAGCGAGCGAGAGCCUAACCUACGGCGCGGCGGACUACUUCUUCAUCCCCUACGGCACAUACUGGCGGUUCCUGAAGAAGCUCUGCAUGACGGAGCUUCUGAGCGGGAAGACCCUGGAGCAUUUCGUGAGAAUCCGCGAGAGCGAGGUGGAGGCGUUCCUCAAGAGAAUGAUGGAGAUUUCAGGCAAUGGAAAUUACGAGGUGGUGAUGAGGAAGGAGCUCAUAACGCACACGAAUAACAUCAUCACGAGGAUGAUAAUGGGGAAGAAGAGUAAUGCGGAAAACGAUGAGGUGGCCAGGUUGAGGAAGGUGGUGAGGGAGGUCGGGGAGUUGCUUGGGGCGUUUAACUUGGGGGAUGUUAUUGGGUUCAUGAGGCCUUUGGAUCUGCAAGGGUUUGGGAAGAAGAACAUGGAAACUCACCACAAGGUGGAUGCGAUGAUGGAGAAGGUGUUGAGGGAGCAUGAGGAGGCUAGGGCUAAGGAAGAUGCUGACUCUGAUAGGAAGAAGGAUCUUUUUGAUAUUUUGUUGAACCUCAUUGAAGCUGAUGGUGCUGACAAUAAGCUCACUAGAGAGAGUGCCAAAGCCUUUGCUCUGGACAUGUUCAUCGCCGGCACAAACGGCCCCGCAAGCGUCCUAGAGUGGUCACUGGCGGAGCUGGUGAGAAACCCCCACGUUUUCAAGAAGGCAAGAGAAGAGAUUGAGUCAGUGGUAGGCAAAGAAAGGCUGGUCAAAGAAUCAGACAUUCCCAACCUACCAUACCUACAAGCAGUGCUGAAGGAAACCCUAAGGCUGCACCCGCCAACCCCAAUAUUCGCAAGAGAAGCCAUGCGAACAUGCCAGGUUGAAGGCUACGACAUUCCGGAAAAUUCCACUAUUUUGAUCAGCACAUGGGCCAUUGGUAGGGAUCCAAAUUACUGGGAUGACGCACUCGAGUACAAGCCGGAGAGGUUCUUGUUCUCCGACGACCCGGGCAAGAGCAAGAUUGACGUGAGGGGGCAGUACUAUCAGCUCCUGCCCUUUGGGAGCGGGAGAAGAAGCUGCCCCGGAGCCUCGCUAGCGUUGCUUGUCAUGCAAGCAACGCUAGCGAGUUUGAUCCAGUGCUUCGACUGGAUCGUUAAUGAUGGUAAAAACCAUCAUGUUGACAUGUCUGAGGAAGGGAGGGUGACUGUGUUUUUGGCCAAGCCACUCAAGUGCAAGCCUGUUCCGCGUUUCACUCCGUUCGCUGCCUGAAGACUGUGAAUGGAAUGGUUUCUCUAGUUGUGUGUGCUUUACCUACUCUAUAUUUUUACCUUAUUUUUGCUUACUUUGUGGCACUAGUAUUUGUUUUGGGAAGUAGCGUUGCUUCUGUAAACUUGGUGGCAGGGGUAUAUUAUUUAUGGAAAUAAGUGGUGGCUUGGUAGUUAUUCCCGUCCAUUUCUCUAAUGCUGCCUAAUAAUUUAAAGGAGUUAAUCAGGCCAAUGAAUACAGAAUGCUGCCUACUAUUUCUUUUUGUUUUUUAUUA